AGACAGUGCUGGGCUCUGAACUCUGAGAGCAGAUCACCUGACAGGACUAACUGUAGGUUGAGUCAAUCGGACCCGCGGACUGUCAGGUGAUUGGCUGAAGGUGGAUGACAUCAUUGAAUGUCCGCUGCCCCAGCCGCGCGCUAAACUCCUGGAAAGAGAUCAGAGCCUCUCGCGCUGAUGAGAGCCACAUCUGGCGGAUUGUAAAUCGACUCGAUCGAGAGAAAGACACUCGCACUUCCGCUCGAGGUGUUUAGUUGAGCUGCCAGCCUCGAUGGUGCAAGUCUUAAUGAGCUUCUCACCGCUCGCGAGAGCCGCGCGCGUCAAAAGCGCAUGAUGUGAAAAAGCAAAGCUGUCUCGCGCAACAUGAGGACAGCUCUUCUAAUUAUUUUAAAGAAAAACUUGGAGUGAUAGAGGAAAGGUGGAUUCUUCUUUUUUCUGGCUGGCUGGGCAUUUUUAAAACCAUGCAACAUGAACGUAACUAACAGCACUGGAGCAGAGGGACUCGCGCCCUGGAACUUUAACGGUUCAUUGAGCAACGUGUCCAAUGAUGCCAACCUCAGCUGUGACAGCGGCAGUGCUAAUGGCUCAUGUGCAGCGGUCGAGGCAGACGCAGAGAGUCCGUACAAAACGGUGGAGAUGGUCUUCAUUGCAUUGGUUACAGGAUCCCUCAGUUUUGUCACUGUUGUGGGCAACAUCCUUGUCAUGCUCUCGAUCAAGGUCAAUCGGCACCUGCAGACCGUCAACAAUUACUUCCUAUUCAGCCUGGCCUGUGCGGAUCUCAUCAUUGGUGCGUUCUCCAUGAACCUUUACACUGUCUACAUUAUCAAGGGCUACUGGCCUCUCGGCCCUAUAGUGUGUGACCUGUGGCUAGCACUGGAUUAUGUGGUCAGUAACGCCUCUGUUAUGAAUUUGCUAAUCAUCAGCUUCGACCGAUACUUCUGUGUGACCAAACCACUCAGUUACCCCACACGCAGAACCACCAAGAUGGCGGGACUCAUGAUCGCCUCCGCCUGGAUCCUGUCCUUCAUCCUGUGGGCACCUGCGAUCCUGUUCUGGCAGUUCAUUGUAGGAGAACGGACCGUGGAACCAGGAGAAUGUUACAUCCAGUUCCUUUCCAACCCUGCAGUGACGUUCGGCACGGCUAUUGCUGCAUUCUACCUACCGGUGGUCAUCAUGACAGUGCUGUAUGUGCACAUCUCUCUGGCCAGUCGCAGCCGUGUGUCCAAGCAGAAGCCCGAGGCCAAAAAGGAGAAGAAAAUCCCGAAGUCCAGUGGUCUACUCAAGAGUCACAUUUUAAAGCAGAACAACAACAACCAGUCUCCUCCUAAGCCCAGCUUGGAUACCUGUUCUACUGUAGAUACCAUGAAGAACGGGAAGCUAGAUGAGUCUGUGGGUUCCACCAAAGCUGACUCUUGUGUGCAACCAGAGGAAAAAGAGAGCUCAAACGACUCCAGCACUGCCAGCAUAGCACCUAAAGAGCACAAAGAAAGAGCUAACAGUGAGGCGACAUCAGAGGGUGGCUUGGCACCUGCGCCAGCAGCUGCGUCUAAACUCAACCCUCAAUCCAAAUGGUCCAAGAUCAAGAUAGUCACCAAACAGGCAGGAGAUGAGUGCAUCACAGCCAUUGAGAUCGUCCCACCAAACAGUGCCGGCGAGAGGCGUUCAAUCCCCGUGAACCGACCCCGCACAGUGGUGCGAAAGUUUGCCAGCAUCGCUCGCAGCCAGGUUAAAAGGAAAAGGCAGAUGGCGGCACGAGAGAAAAAAGUCACAAAGACCAUCUUUGCCAUCCUGCUGGCCUUCAUUAUCACGUGGACGCCAUACAAUGUGAUGGUCUUAAUCAGCACGUUUUGCCAGUCUUGUGUUCCGGACACAGUCUGGGCCAUUGGCUACUGGCUCUGCUAUGUCAACAGUACCAUCAACCCUGCUUGCUAUGCACUCUGUAAUGCCACCUUCAAAAAGACCUUCAAAAACCUCCUCAUGUGCCAGUAUAAGAACAUUGGCACCAGAUGAACAGAGGGCAGAGGCAGUCAGCAGUGUCUGGAGAUGUGUGCAUGGUAUGGAGGGUACACAAGGCUGUCCCAGCUCUUCUGGCCCCCUUGAACCAUAGAAGGUACUGUGCAGUACAUUGUGAGGCUUCAUAAUCCCAUAAUGUUAAAACAGUGUGCUGCACCCUAACCAAAAGUUUAUGUAUUAAGGAAUUAUUGUUUACAGAAGGCUGAUGGAGUUGUCAUACGAGACUUAACAUCAGAAGAAACUGAGCUGAGAUCAUGAAACAAAUUUCUCUUCUAGUAAUCUACUGUAAUCAUUGCUGCACUGCCAAGAUCUUUGAAACUCUACACUACAGUGAUGUGAAAACUAAUCCACGAGUUCGUUUGCCCAUAUAAUCUUUAAUCUAUUAAGGUUAAACUUAUUUGGCUUGCUGUCCACGGUGGAGGGGCUUGAGGAAGCAGCUUCAACUUG